AAUAAGACAGACUAAAAGAUUUCUGGUUUUUAAUUGGACAGUAAAGUUGUUUGCAUUAAAUUCAAAUUUUGACAUUAUCUAAAGAUUGAUGAAGAAAUAUGACACCUCAUCCCAUUGUAGCUGAUCAGACGAAAAAUAACUCUUAUUCUAAAAAUGAUAUUAAAGUUAUAUGCAUACUGAUCUUGAUGGUAAUACCAUUUUAUACCGCUGUUGAGAUAUCAACUUUUAUUUGCGAUCAGUUUACAUUUUACAGUUUCUUAACUGAGAGUGGAUUGCCUUAUGGACAUGAUCUAUCUACUGACGAAAAUAAUUCAACAGAAAUAAUACUCAAACAGCAAAAUGCUCAAAAACAAACAUCCUUGGUACAAUCAUCGAACAAUUUUGCAGCAGUAGCUCCUGGUUUAUUAUCGACUCUAGUAGUUGGUCAUCUGUCGGAUCGUUUUGGACGAAAAGUUGCUUUGGGAAUCCUUGUAGCCGGAGAAGCUGCACAAGUGAUAGCUGUUGCUGUUGUGGUGUUCUUUCGUCUAACACCAUGGGCAUUGGUUGCUUCAAAUGUACUAGAAGGUGUCAUUGGUGGUGGUUUACUGUCAGCUAUUGCUCAAUUUUCCGUUUGUAUAACGGAUAUAACAAAUAAUGAUCAACUUCAAAAGUCUACUACAUCCAUACCAAAAUGUGUGUAUGAACGUCGACGUUGGUUAUUUCUAACACUUAUUGAUGGUUUAGCUUGUUUAAGUCUAGCAGUUGCUAGUAUGAUUGCAGGUUCACUAAUUCAUACAUACGGCUUCAAUAUAACAAUGGGUGUUUGUAUUGUAAUUUAUUUCCCAGUUACAAUUUUGAUAUUCUUUUUACCUGAAACCAAUAAUAGAAAACAAUUGAAUUGUGACACUCAGGUCAAUGUGCCUAUUAAUGAUAAACUAACGAAACUUGAAGAUGUUAGAGAUGUAAAGUUAUCUUGUUGGGGAAUUAUUUGUCAGAAAAUGAAACAAAUAUUCAUGACUGUGACAUCAUCCAAUCCAGUCUUAUUAUUAAUCUUAGGAAUUCUAUUCAUUGUAUCAAUUUCGGCAAUGGUAGAUUCCCCAUUUGUUACAGUAUACUUAAUGAGUGAACCAUUCUGGUGGAAUUCAAAGAAGCUCGGAUUAACCAACGGUAUAACAGAGGCAUGCUCAGCAAUAUUAUCAAUAAUAAUUGUAAAUAUUCUGGCAAGAAUGCAAUCAUCACAAUCAACGCGUUCGAAUAAUAGAGAUAAAAGUGAAUCGAAUAGCAGAAACCUGGUUGAAAAUGGAACUGACUUAAGAUUUCAGAAUACACUGUUCAGUUUACUAAUUUUCGCGCUAAGUUCAAUGCUAUUAAGUAGAGUUUUAAUGACAGUAGCAUACUUGUCUGCAUCGUUUACAGCCAAUAUAAUUGUUUAUCUAAGCUUAAUUCCGAAACUAGCAAAAAAUAUUAAUUUUCCUUUAUUGCGUACACUGAUCACUAAUUGGAGUGGGACACAGAGAAAGGGUGAGUUAAAUCUCUAUUCAUCAUUUUGA